AUGGCCGGAGCUCCAAUUGUUUAUCCCUAUGACCCUCCCAGCAGGCCAAGUAGAUCGCCCGACGGACUGCCCUUGGUGGACUUGUACUCGGGGCUUGGCCACGAACCAACGCCGCUACCCAAACACUUGACACGAGUCUUGUAUAUCCCAGAACACGAUGCCCCUGGCUUUCCAGUGUACGAAAGCACCAGAGAGUUCCAACGAGUCAUCUAUGAAUCACCCUUUGGACGCGGAGAGUUCAUGCCCCCGCCAUUAAUGGGCAGCCGACUAUUCAACAUCCGAACGUCCAUGAUCAAUCGUCCUAGCGGUAAUGGCAGAGACAAUGUUCAAUACUUGGUCGUCCCUGAUACAGUACCGGGUGAUGACGGACAUAGGUCUGUCAAUGUGAGGAAGCGCGAUCCUCACAAUAUUUGCCCAGAUAUCAAUGUUAAGCUCCCGUUGCGAGACCACAGCUUCAGCUUGACGAUUGGUUGCGACAAGGGGUCUACCGACACAGUGCUCGUGCGUGCAUUUUUCCCUCUACCAGAUGCGCACAGCUACAAGACCACAAUUUUCUUUCCGUACUUUGCCUUUUCGUCGCGCUCGGGCUAUGAGCGGUAUCAAUGGGAGGUGCACCCAAUUCAAGAUGGACCAAUGCGGUAUACAUUGAUGUCAAAUAAGGGUAAAUCCGAGGAUACAUCAAGACGCCAAGAGGGCGAUAUCAGAGCUAUUUAUUACCACGUCGGAUGUGGCGGCUCCGUUUUCCAGCCACACAGCGAAGGAAUAUUGCUGCUGCCGGAAACUAGCGUCGAUGGGCCGGAACUGGAGGAAGAGGUCGUUGUUGCAAGUCUAAUUGGUGUAUUGAUGCGGGUGCGGUCAAUGAGAUAUGUCGAAAAGUCGAAAGGGACCAGUCCAAAGCAACGGGAUAAGCCCUUGUUCAAGCGACUUUUCCGCUAA